CAUUUUUCUUUUUCCAUUUUCCCCUUCAUUUUCUUUUCUUGGUUUCUUCCUUCCUCCCUCCCUCUCCCACCUCCCUCGUCGUCCACCCGAAUUAAAACGCUCGACCUGCCGAAGCCUGGCCAAACCCUAGGUCCCGAUUCGUCGCCUCGCCCGCGCUGCUCGGAUUCGAUCGGGCUGGGCGCGGUGUCGGAUCGGCGGCGGGAUGACGAUACCGAGCGCGGAGGGCUUCCUCCAGGCCUCGAGCUGCCUCCCGUGCACGGCGGAGGAGGAGCGGGAGCUCGUCGACGCGCUCACCAGGGAGGCUGAGGAGAAUGUCAAGGACGGGGAUCUCCGCUACCUCGUCUCGCAGAGCUGGUGGAUGGAGUGGCAACGUUAUGUGGGCUUAGUCAGUUGCGAUGAGAAUGGCACUGAGCAGCUUCCUCAGGCUACGACUAGACCCGGACAGAUUGAUAACUCAAAGCUUGUUUCAGCAGAAACAAUCAGUGGUAAUGAAGAGCCAGAGCUUCAAAGGACCUUGAUAGACGGGAAGGACUACACUUUGGUACCACAACAAGUUUGGCGGAAGCUAUUUCAAUGGUAUAAAGGUGGACCAGAAAUCCCCAGAAAAGUAAUUUUUGAUAGCCCAACUCACAAGGCUUACAUAGUGGAUGUCUAUCCUCUCUGUCUAAAACUAAUUGAUGGAAGAGAAUAUUCUGAACAGAAUAUCAGAAUAAGUAGAAAGGCCAAAAUUCAUGAGCUUUACUUAGUGGUUUGCUCACUCAUGUCAGUAGAGCAGUCUGAGAUUGUCAUCUGGGACUAUUACCAAAGGUCAAAGAGCAAGAAGUUGACUAACCUCAAUGAGACACUAGAAGAAGCUCAAAUUAACAUGGACCAGGAGAUCCUCUUGGAGAUGAAGCUAGAUGAGAGCAGUUCAGGUUUUAGUUCAAGAUCCACAAAUAAUGAGUUGGCACUAAUUCCUUUAGGACCUUCGACAUCAUCAUUAUCAAUUGCUGGAGGGCCCACCAUUUCAAAUGGUUUUUCAUCUGGAAUUGGUUCCAGUUUUUCGCAAGAUAAUAGCUUCAGUCCUUUACUAAAGGACUCAGCAGAUGGUUACAACAGUUUCAGCAAUGGAACUAAAGAUGAUACUCACGGAUUGAGUGGUUUACAUAACUUGGGUAAUACAUGUUUCAUGAAUAGUGCCAUACAAUCCUUGGUUCACACACCUCCCUUGGUAGAGUACUUUUUGGAGGACUAUACUCGUGAGAUAAACACAGAAAAUCCACUAGGGCUCCAGGGUGAACUUGCAGUAGCAUUUGGAGAGCUACUUAGAAAACUUUGGUCAUCUGGUCGAACUUCUGUUGCUCCACGUGCAUUUAAAGCAAAACUUUCUCGUUUUGCCCCACAGUUCAGUGGAUAUAAUCAGCAUGAUUCUCAGGAGCUACUUGCAUUUCUGUUGGAUGGACUGCAUGAAGAUCUCAACCGUGUCAAAAAGAAACCAUAUAUUGAGGCAAAGGAUGCUGAUGGCCGUCCAGAUGAUGAAUUUGCUGAAGAAUGCUGGAAUAACCAUAAAGCUCGAAAUGACUCAAUAAUUGUAGAUAAGUUUCAAGGUCAAUACAAGUCUACAUUGGUGUGCCCAGUUUGUAACAAAAUAUCUGUUACCUUUGACCCAUUUAUGUACUUGUCACUACCAUUGCCAUCAACAGUUACUAGAAUGAUUACUGUAACUGUAUUCAGUGGUACUGGAGAUGCUUUUCCAAUGCCUUUCACUGUGACAGUACAGAAAAAUGGAAAUUGCCGAGAUCUUACCAAAGCCCUUGCUGAUGUUUGCUGCUUAAAAAGUUCCGACGCAUUGUUACUUGCAGAGGUGUACGAGCGUCGGAUCUACCGCUACCUUACAAAUCCAAUUGAGGGACUUCACAAUAUAAAAGAUGAAGAUAUACUUGUUGCAUAUAGGCUCCCAAUUGGUCAUGAAAAACAUAUGAGGUUGGAGAUCCUGCACCGUAGGGCAGACAGAUGUGCUGCUGAGCCUCAGUUUAAUAUCAACCGGAAGCUCAUUGGGUGCCCCUUUGUGACUUGUAUUCCUAAUGACUCUACUGGAAAAUCUGACAUUUAUGCGGCUGUCUCUGCUGUUCUUGCUCCAUUUGUACGAGCGAAAGCACAUGGUCCUGAUGUGUCUGCAGUCAAGUUGAAUGGCAACGGGCCAAGUCUGGAUGGUAUUGUACUGACGGAUAAUGGCGCCACCUGCGAGGAGGGUCUCUCUACAUCAACUGGGGAUGAUCAUGCAGUUGAUGAACAUGUACCUUUUCAGCUUUCCAUGACUGAUGAAAAAGGUAGUGUGAGAAAUGCUAUCGACGCAGAUUCUAAUCGUGGUUUAGGAAUAGUUAUAAGGGUUUUGAUGGAUUGGUCUGAUAGAGAGCAUGAGAUGUACAAUAUUGAUUACAUGGAUGAACUUCCUGAAGUCUUCAAGCAUGGUUUUUUGUCAAAGAAGACCCGGCAAGAAGCAGUGAAUUUAUUUUCAUGCUUGGAUGCCUUUCUGAAGGAGGAACCUCUGGGGCCUGAUGAUAUGUGGUACUGUCCUGGCUGCAAGGAACACAGGCAAGCUAGCAAGAAACUGGACUUGUGGAGGCUGCCCGAGAUAUUGGUAGUUCACUUGAAAAGGUUCUCAUACAGCCGCUAUAUGAAGAACAAGCUUGAUACUUUUGUGAACUUUCCAAUCCAUGACCUCAAUAUGAGCAAGUAUGUGAAGCAGAUGUCAAGAGGUGAUCGGCAGCCCAUGUAUGAACUCUAUGCGGUGAUCAAUCAUUAUGGUGGUCUGGGUGGUGGACACUACUCUGCAUACGCGAAGCUAGUUGAAGAGGAUAACUGGUAUCAUUUUGAUGAUAGUCAUGUCUCCUCUGUUAAUGAGGAUGCGAUCAGAACGUCUGCAGCAUAUGUGCUUUUCUACCGACGUGUUAGGGGUUCAUGUACAGUAUCAAAUGGUGUUCCAGUCGACAUUGAAAUGGUUGAUUCACUGGAGACGUAGCUCCCUAAAUGAAAACAAAUGUCAGUACAAUAUUGUGGAUGGAAAUAUGGAGAUCAGAAUAUUGCUCGAAUAUGCAAGUCUGAACAGUACAGUGCAUUGAUGUAUGGUUCCAUCCAGCUGUCGAACGAUAUUUUGAGGGCGUAGCAGAGAUGGGAGAAAUUAGCAUGGCAGCAUGGAUGGAUCUGCCGCCCUGAUAUGACCAAUUAGGGUUCCUGAUUUCUUCUGUCACCCAACCUUCGAGUAGGAAUUGAUCUUGGGAGGUAAAUCGAGAAUACGUUGAAGGCAAAGUGUUUGCUGAUGUGAUUUUUUUUUUGCUAAUAUGCAGAUGUAGCUCUUGGGCCUACUAUUAUUGUUGCUGUUAUGUAGCCAAGGGAAUGCAAACUGGGAAGGAAAAAGGAUGUAAAAAUGCUUCAUAUUCUUUUUGUUACAGCUGUGCUACAGCCAAAUUUUGAUUCCGAUCCUCA